AUGAACAGAAUUUGUGAAGUGGGUCGGGCAUAUAAUAUCUAUCUAUCUAUCUAUCUAUCUAUCUAUCUAUCUAUCUUUGCUCACCACCUGAUACUGAUUAAUAUUUUAUCUAUCUAUCUAUCUAUCUAUAUGUGCUUAUAUCUAUCUGUCUACCUUCAUCUGUUCACAUUUUUAAUUUUUUCAUAUCUAUCUAUGUAUCUAUCUAUCUAUCUUCGUUUGUUCAUCUCUAUCUCAAUUUUCUCAUGUCUGUCUAUUUAUAUUUGCCUAUAUCUAUGUAUCUAUCUUAAUUUUCUCAUACCUAUCUAUCUAUCUAUCUAUCUAUCUAUCUAUCUAUCUAUCUAUCUAUCUUCGUCUGUUCAUAUCUAUAUUCCUAAAUCGCUGCUUUUGGCCCAACCCUCGCCAAACAGAUUCUUAUUGUUCAAAGAAUUUAAGACACAAAAUGUCCGUUUUCCACGCGUAUACAUAAUACGCACGAAUUUUCCACAAGCCAUUUUCCCUUCUUCUCUAAACUCUCUUUCUUGCCUUCAUCACUUUAACCGUAACAGCAUAAGGCUAUCUGCGUUAUUUUUCAGACACCGUUGCAAGUUAAUCAGCUUUACAAAUCCUUCCAAACCUCCAGUCCAAGCCCGGAUAUCUAUUAAGCGAACCUAUUUUGAUGAAUUGCUUGUCAAUACGCAUGCGUCGCCUCUCUGUCGUUUUGCGAAGUGGUUUUCAUUGAGCAUUAUUCCGAAGGGGAUCUAA